AUGGCUCCUCCUAUCCAUCCUGAACAGCCGCCACCGGCAGAGCCAAUCCAUGCUGGCCGCGCGUUCGACCCGUGGAAUUCGGUAGCGGCCGGCCAUCAGCGAGCCGAAACUCGGGUGCCAACCGGGUGGCGCGAGUCUCGUGCCAGGAAACUGCAAAGUCAGUUCCGCGCCAGUUCUUCCGGUGGCGACCGAAUCUCGGACUCUGUUGGGGCUGGCGCCGAAGACUUUGACGAAAAGCGUGGCGUCUUGAUCCCAAAGGAGGUACGAGCUCGCGCACUGAACAGCGUUGCCGAUAUGCUACGUAAUCCUGGAACCAUGGCGACCAUGUCACAGACAACUUCGCAGUCACGGGCUCGUCUACAAGAACAGGGAGCGUCACAGAAUGGGAGUCAACCGGUUGAAGAGGAGGAAACUCGGGAAUCGGGUCCCACGCAACACGGGCAGAGGAAAGAGGAGGAAGGAGGAGGAGGCUCAAGCAACAUCAGAAAAAUCUUUGAUGGGUUGAACAUCUACGUCAAUGGUAGCACCCAUCCCCUGAUCUCUGAUCAUAAAUUGAAGCAAAUCCUUGCCGAGAACGGCGCUCGUAUGUCCAUUCAUCUCGGCCGCCGCCAGGUCACUCACGUCAUCCUAGGCAAACCGACUGGCCGAAAUACCGGCGCCGGUGGUGGACUCGCUGGCGGGAAACUGGAGAAAGAGAUCCGCAGAGUCGGCGGUUGUGGCAUCAAGUAUGUCGGUGUCGAAUGGGUUCUGGAAAGCAUCAAGGCAGGCAAGCGGCUGCCCGAGGCAAGGUUCGCCAACCUCAAGAUCGCGGCAAAGAGGCAGCAAAGCGUUCUUUCCGCCUUCUCGACGAACAAACCGCCAGCAUGA